AUGUCUCAAAAAACGCUCGUUGAUUUCGAGAUAUCUGAUUCGGACGACAAUACAGUUCCGCCAUCCCCUUCGGCAUCACCACGCCGGAGCUCUCGUAUCCAAGCACGAGUAUGUCCUUGGAACCAUUGGCCCUCGGACAAAAUUAUUCACACUCUAGAGGAUUUCGGUAUUCAUGCAAGAAGCGACCUUUCACGCACAGACCUCGUUCUCCUGGCUUCCAACACUAUAGGCAACCCCCCUGCCGAACCAACGGAUUCUUCUCCAGCGGCUAAUACUACUCAAGCUCAUCCCAAACCAGCAGCUAAGAAACGCACUGCUAAAUCUUCUUCUCCUCCAGCCAAAAAAUCUAAAUCCUCCACAUCAACGCUAUCGCCCAGCCAUGACUCAAGAGGCUCUAACUCACAGCUUUUAAAAGCUAUUCAAGGUCUUACUGAAAAUGUAAAAAACCUACAAAACAGAAUGGGAGCGUUCGAGGCAGUUCUCGCCACGCAGCCCGGAACAUCCUUACCUUCAACGUCCACCGGGUCUCGGGCUCUCUCUGCUCCGCCUAGUUUUCCUGAUCUUCCCACGGGACCCUCCACGUCCUCAGUAACUCCGGCAUUCCCUCCAUCUACGACUCAAAUUCCAUUUCAGUCUGUCCCCUUGCCAUCUGUCACGCCUCAUUUUACACUCUCUACGGCGGUUGCCGCUCAAAGUUUCGGAAGGCCUUUUGUUCCACCCGCCGCCGUUACAGUGUCUCAAAAAAUGAGAUCUGACAUAAUUAACGGUAAGAACAUCAAUCUGGCUGCCUUGCUGCUCCCGUCACCAGCAGUAGAUCGGCAAAUGGUUGACUGUGGCGACGUGGCAGUCUAUCUCAAAACUUCAGAUCCCAGACUGCAUCGCAACCUCUCGUUCUGUGAAUUCGUCACGGCUUUCGGCACUUAUAGAGAUAUCAUGUGUCAGGUUUUUCCAGAACGCAGAGAAGAAUUAGACAUUUACCUGGCAAUGCUGGCAGAUCUUAACUUAAGAUAUGGGGGCACUUUGUUUUAUGAAUAUCACAAAUCAUUUUCAGCCAAAGCCGCUUCGUUCGUUACACUCUUCAACACCAAACUGGACUGGUCCAUUACUGACUCUGAACUUUUGGUUCGCCAUUUCGGCGGUCAGAAAACUCUGGCUUGCGCAGUGUGCAGCUCGCACGGUCACUCUGCACCUUUCUGCCCUAAGACACUGACUGCACGAGCUGCGCCCGCUGUCCAUGGUGCUGACUCUGCACACCUCUUGCAAGGACCCGCAUCCAAAAUCUGUCUGCCCACGACGCUUCAGGCCUGCGACAAGAGGACAAGCGCCGUCUCACAAAAGAUUCUGAACGAUCACCUUUCUACUCCAAUUAACAUUACAAUACUCUCAAGUUACCUCUCAUCUCACCCUGAUCCUUCGUUCGUAGACUAUUUAAUUACUGGGCUUUCUCAAGGUUUCAGGGUUGGUGUCCUGUACCCGAUGUCCACUUCUUAUGUAGCUAAUAAUUUGCAGUCUGCCUUAACUGAACCUGAUGUAGUUUCGUGUCUCGUGGCCAAAGAACUGAAUAAAGGUUACCUUAUCGGCCCUUUCAGCUCUCCUCCUUUUUCACCCUUCCGUGUUAACUCUAUCGGCAUAGCUACACGUAAAUAUUCCGGGAAAAAACGCCUGAUUUUCGACAUGUCGUCACCGCAUUCUAACACUUUCGCAAGUGUCAACGAAUGCAUUCCCUUAGAACCUUUCUCGCUUUACUACGCCUCAGUCGAUAACGCCAUUCAUCUCAUUAAAAUAGCGGGACUUGGUGCAUGCCUAGCAAAAGCAGACAUUACAGAUGCUUUCAAAAUAAUGCCUAUUCACCCUUCUGAUUGGCCUCUUUUCGGCAUUAAAUGGGAAUCAAAAUUCUAUUUCGCAGUGAGACUCACUUUCGGCUGUAGGAGUAGCCCGCACAUUUUUAAUUGCCUGUCGGAAGCUCUGUGUUGGAUUCUGUUGAACGUUUGCAAUCUCCCCUUCGUGCUACACCUUCUAGACGACUUUCUGCUAAUAGACUUCCCUUCUUCACGUCGCUCUGUGCUCGAUAUCUUAAAGCACUUAUUUUGUGAAUUAGGCAUUCCCCUGUCAAAUGAGAAAACAAUGGGUCCGUCUACCUCGAUUGAAUUCCUCGGCAUCAUUCUCGAUUCGAUAAAGAUGCAAGCUUCACUCCCUAUCGAGAAACUCGUCAGAAUUAGGUCGUUCAUCGAAUCUUUUCUCGAGCGUCGAACCGUUUCUAAACACGACAUGCUGUCUCUCCUGGGACAUCUAAAUUUCGCAAUGAGAAUUAUCCCUCAAGGUCGCUCCUUUAUUUCUCGAUUGCUGACCUUGGCUCACUCAGUAGUUAAUUUGACGGACACAAUAACUUUAGACGAAGGGUGUGCUUCAGACCUCAGGUUUUGGUCACAUUUGCUUAAGAACUGGAAUGGUGUUUCCUUCUUCUAUAAUGACAAUUCCGAAUCAUCCGCCGAACUAGAGCUUUACACCGAUGCAGCCCCUUCUAUUGGUUUUGGGGGAUACUUUCAGGGGGAAUGGUUUUCAGAGAAAUGGCCUCCUGCAUUCUCUCACUUAACUGUUACAGCUCCGUCGAUUGCGUGUUACGAGUUAUAUCCUAUCGCCGUAGCCAGCGUCCUCUGGGGUCCAGCCUGGUCACGUAAACGCAUUACAAUGUACUGCGAUAAUGUAGCCACUGUCGAAAUCAUUAACAAAGGUCGAUCACAUUGCCAGGCUAUAAUGUCUAUUCUUAGACGUGUAACAUGGCAAUCCGUCAUCAAUAAUUUCACAAUUAAAGCCGAACAUAUCCCAGGAAAAUCAAAUGCCAUUGCUGAUGCUCUCUCUCGCUUUCGUUUACAGGCUUUCAGGCGGCUUUGCCCAGCAGCAAACGACAUUCCAACACCAUGCCCGACACUGCACGAAAUCAUCCUGGAUUAGGUUCCCACUAUAACCAUCUGCUUAAUUCUGCCAGAUUUUAUAUUACACAAGGAGUAGCGCCAUCUACUCGCAAAGCAUACAGUUCCGCGUGGUCUUGGUUUACGACCUUUUGUUUCUCGUUUCAUAUCCCAUUAUUCCCCAUUUUAAUUUCAACUGUAUGCACGUUCAUAGUCAGUUGCCAUGAGUCACGCGAUCUUAAAAUCGCAACUAUACGUAAAUUGCUGGCUGGCAUCCAAUUCCACGCACGAUAUUUUAAUCCUGACUUUCCAAGUCUUUUUUCUACGCCCUCGAUCCGGCUUCUAUUAAAAGGCAUAGAGAAAAGUAUUCCUAAGAUUCCUGACAAACGCCUCCCCAUCACACUCGACUUGUUACACAGAUUAGUUUCUUCCGUACGUAACGGUCCAUUCUCUGCUUAUACCAAUACCCUUUUAGAAACUGUGUUUUUAACAGCUUUCUAUGGUUUUAUGCGUUUAGGCGAACUCGCCUGCCACACACAACGUUUUAAUCCAGCUAAGGGUUUGUCAUUUUCAGAUUUAUGUUUUUCACCCACCUUUUUUGCUUUAUUUAUUAAACACUCAAAAACAGAUACAUCAGGAUCAGGUGUGUCAAUUUACAUUUCAAAAAUUGAUAACCCUUAUUGUCCCUUUACAUCUAUGAUUCAAUAUCUCAAAGCCCGACCACGCACCCCUCAUAACUUCCCCCUAUUCAUCCUUCCUAAUGGUCUUCCUAUGACAAAGCAUUGGUUUUCAUCUCAUCUAGCUUCAGUUUUGGCAUUGUGCGAUCUCUCCCCUAAAUUAUAUACCGGGCACUCCUUUCGAAUUGGAGCUGCUACUACAGCAGCUGAAUGCGGCAUUCCAGACUCGACCAUCAAAACGCUCGGCAGGUGGAACUCAACGGCUUAUGAGACCUAUAUCAGGUCCGACUCAGUAUUACUGACUGCUCAGCAGACCCUCUCACGCGCAUACAAGGUUUGACAUCUCUUUGAUUCCCUAGCAAUCAAGCCAGUCGAUCUAUUUCACUUUUGGGGGUAGGCUCCGCCCCUGCCUUCAACAUCAGGCAGGAUCUGCCGGACUACAGCUAGAACCGGACGAAAGGCGGGGCAUAUGCCAAAAGAAUCUAUACGAGACUUAAGCAUCUAUUUAAUUUUGAGAUUGAUUUGAAUUUCUGUCUUUUAAUUCAACAUGGAAUAAAUGUCAUUCAAACGUUCACUUGCCUUCUGAGUCUUUAUGGUAGAAAUGAAAGCGUCAGCGUAAGUUCUACCAGGAAGACUCUAAUACCACGUCAUUCAUUCAUAAAAUCGGCUUACCAAUCACAGCUCAAUGCCGACUAUUUAAACGCUGAACUAACACUCUCUCCUGCUGCCCGUAGGUGUCGUAGCUGAAGUUCGCCUCCAUCCUCCCCACCACCACCAGGUUGUUCCCUGUUCUUUUGUCCGGGGGUAGGCUCCGCCCCUGCCUUCAACAUCAGGCAGGAUCUGCCGGACUACAGCUAGAAGCGGACGAAAGGCGGGGCAUAUGCCAAAAGAAUCUAUACGAGACUUAAGCAUCUAUUUAAUUUUGAGAUUGAUUUGAAUUUCUGUCUUUUAAUUCAACAUGGAAUAAAUGUCAUUCAAACGUUCACUUGCCUUCUGAGUCUUUAUGGUAGAAGCUUGUUUACCUGAUUUUCAUGGUAUCCCCCGAGUAGCGAGUUACAAUAGUCUAUUCUAGAGGUCAUAAAAGCAUGAAUAAGCUUCUCUGCGUCAGAUGUAGACAGUAUAUGCCGUAUUUUUGAGUCCGACUCGAGAAUCCAUUCUCUGGACUUGUGACUCGACUUGGACUCGCGGAUUGAUGACUCGUACUUGGACUCGGACUCGAGGAUAUAUACAAUUGGACUUGAGCAUUCAUCACUUUGUUUUUGACUAAAUAUGUUAUAAAAAAAUUAUAUAAGGUGUUACACUUUUCCUGUUUCGUGCCCAAGACCGGUCGCGAUCUCCCUUCACAGACACUGCUACCUCUCGCUCUCUUUGCUUGACAACACACUCACUGACGUCACUCACUUUUACGCUCGUGCAAUGCAUGAUGCAUGAUUUGUGGGCUAAAUGUUCACAUUUGUAAAAUGCAGAAAGAUGUGCCCCGGAUCGUGAAGUUUGCCUACGGGAAUUUUGCUUCUAAUGCUGGAAAGAGCAGCGCUAAAUGUUGUGUGUGUAAUCGCACAAUUGAGGAAAAGACUGGGACAACCUCAAACUUUAACAGACACCGGUCACGGAUGCACCCAGAAAAGUAAGUAAAAUGCUUUCCAUUGCCUAACGUUAGCUUUUUUCAAAAAAAAAAAUAUUACUGACUAAUGCAUAUAUAACAAACAGAAGCUAGGGUUAAUGUAUGUCUGGUUCAGAUUACAGCAUUUUUGUCUGUUGAUAACUUAAAAAGAGUAACUAAACCCUAAUCCAAGUUUUUUAGUUACUGAUCUGUAAGAAUGAUGGUUUAUUAGUGCUGUUCGUUGAUUUUGAUGUACGUUUUUUGACAUUUGGAUAUAAAGUUUUUCAAUACUACAAUAUAUGGUGUAAAAAUGUCUGAGUGCUGCCCUCUUCAGGUUGAACGGUGGCUACUGCAGUUGAAUUUUCCUAUUGCAUGUUGGGUCCAAAAAUGACUCGUGACAUAAGCAGGUUCAAGCUUACCACGCCCUUGUUACGAUCUCACCACACACUUGGUACAAGCUUAGUUCGUCCCCUCUAUCUCCGUUGGGAUCUGCCCACUUUUCUUGCAUUUUUCAAAUAUUGCCAGUGGGUGGAGUCAGGCUCUGACCAGGGGUUUAGUUAUGCUUUAAGUUAUCAACAGAUGUUACUAGUCACUGUGCCAAGGUCACCCACACAAUCUCUCUCUCUCUCUCUCUCUCUCUCUCUCUCUCUCUCUCUCUCUCUCUGUCUGUAUAUCGUAUUGAUUUUUACGUUUUAAGUAUCUUUAAAAUACAGUGUCCUGUAAAAUGCAGGUUUCUUUUUUUCGCUGAGUGUAUUUCUGUAAUACAGUGUUAAAGGAUUAGUUCACACAAAAAUGGAAAUUUACUAAUCAUGUACUCCUCCCACUGCCAUCCAGGAUCUUUUUUCUUCAGUGGAAAAUAAAUAGUUUUUAAAGAAAAUCAUUUCAGGAUGUUUUCUUAAUGAACUUUAAUGACAACUCAGUUGUUUGUUCUUGUUUCCUCAAAAAAACAAAAUGCAGCAUGAUUAAACACUCAAUUUGUAAAUUUUCUACGCUAGUUCUCAAUCACAAGUUCACAACAAUGGAAGUAAACACUUGCUUUUGAUGGCGUCGUAAAGUUGCAAAGUGUGUUGCAAAGUGUAUAUGUCAAAUCAGUAAAUAAACUCCCUUUGCAGUUGUGACAGUGGUGUCAUUUUUGUUUAAUGUAGAACCUCUUUAUUACAUUUUAUCAGUUUUUUGAAGGUCCCAGAGUGAAGACAUGUAGGCACUCUCAGACUCGAAUACGGGACUCGAGACUCGACUCGGACUCUGGUAAUGGUGACUCGACUCGGACUCUUCUUUGGUGACUCGGACUUGGACUCGGACACUGGGACUCGAGACUCGACCCGGACUCGACAGUUGGUGACUCGACUACAACACUGGUGCCAUCCAGUCACUAACAUCGCUAAUGCAGUCUGUUAGCUUAGAAAACGUGUGUGUUUUGCUGGGAUGUGAGGAGAUGUAAAGCUGGGUAUCAUCCGCAUAGCAGUGAAAACUUAUGUUAUGUUUCCUGAUAAUGUCUCCUAGGGGUAACAUAUAUAACGAGAACAGGAUAAGACCUAAAACUGAUCCCUGCGGUACACCAUUUUUAACCAGGGAGUGAUAUGACUCUUUCUCAUUUGCAUAAACAAAGUGAUAGCGAUUGGUUAGAUACAACCUAAACCAGGCUAGCGCCUGACCACUGAUACCAACAUAGUUUUCUAGUCUAUUGAGUAAGAUUGUGUGAUCUAUUGUGUCAAAGGCUGCACUAAAUAGCAUAAAUAGUAAAUAGCAUGCAAUAUAGACCCGUUUGCCACUGAACCUGCAUUAACGACGACAGUGGGGUUACAGGCCUUAGUCAAACGGGUCGACAGGUUUCAUUUUCUCUUUCUCUUAAAAAUCAGAAGGUGACCCUUAGUUACCAUAUAUACCGUCGCAGUGGGCCCCCAAUUUGCAAAAUCCUCAACUGUGGAUAAUAUAAUUAUGCCGCAAUAGUUAGUCUGUCUGAAACUAAGCUGAUUAAACCACAUCACUGUGUGACACUUGCAUUACAUGUGAACGGCCCCUACGCUAAUAUGAUUUUGUUUUUCUCUCCCUGUCCUGUCCUCGACCCUGAGGACAAUGGGACAAACAGACCCAGUUCCGGUAGAUGUGAAAGUCGACUCACCUCUGAUCUACUGGUCGUCCAUCACUGUGAUGCCCAGCUGAUGCCUGACCAACGACCACCGGCAGAACCCGCUUAAACCCCGCUUAAUCCCCGCUUAAUCUCCUUAUCCGUUUAUAUGUGUUUAUAUACAUAUAUAUCUCCCAAGGGUUUUUCCCUCCUAGGACUUUUUAUUUUUUUUUCCUCGGCUCAACAACCCGGGGUUUUUGUUUUUUUUCUCCUAGGGGGUUUUUUACCCCGGGGAGGUAGCCUGCUUGGGCUUAAUUUAGCAUCUUCUCCUAGACGUUACAUUAGUAAUACGCUCGUUCAUAAUGUCGAGUCAUAGCCUCAGCAAAUUUGACAGCUUAUGCUAUUGUGUAUUAUGUUGUGCUAUCUGUCAUUUUUCUGUGCUUUUACUGCUUCUAUUAAUGUAAAGCUGCUUUGAAACAAUUGAGUAUUGUGAAAAGCGCUAUAUAAAUAAAAUUGAAUUGAAUUGAAUUGAACUAAGGUCUAGUAAUAUAAGGGUUAGGGUUAGUAAUAUAAGGAUUGAGAUUUCACCACGAUCGGAUGUUAAUAGGAGGUCAUUUGUAACUCUGAGCAGCGUUGUCUCUGUGCUAUGGCGGGGCCUGAAUCCUGAUUGGAACUUUUCAUAUGUACUAUUAUUUGUCAAGAAUGUGCGUAAGAUCCUACCUGUUAAAGGGAACAUGUUAGCAGCAGUAGUUCUCAAACAUAUGAUUUGAGAUUUAUAUGCUGGAGCAAGUGUUUUGUCGUAUAUCCUGAAAAGGUUGCUGUACAAGUAAAAAAUUUUGUAUGUGCAUGCGUGCAUUGCAUUGAUGCAUAUAGGCUUAUAUAUAAUGCAUACAUAUAUUUUGAAAUAUAAAAAAUGUAAAUGAGGAUCAGAUAUACGUUUCUUAACAAACAUGCAUGUUCCCUUUCAGUCGGUCACUACGACGUCACGUCGUGACCGACGAAUUGGGAACCGCUUCGCGGGUGACCUAUCUACUUCGAGAACUAUAAGAAACGCCAAUGAACUUGGCAUGCAGGUAUUUGCAUAAUGCCGGCGCCGCCCCGCCAGGUGCGUAUAUAAGCCGCAGGUGCAUAAUACCAAAUCAGCUUUUAUUGCUUCGAAGCCGGCAGACAUCUGCACACGAGAAGCUAAGAACUGAUCUUCGUAGAUCCUUUUGCUAAGGAAAAAUAUCUCAGCUUGCUGAAGUUGGUUGGGCGAAGACACCUCAGCGGAGGCUCGCAGUGUUUUUUCUCCACCCUUUCUCUCUCUCUCUGUCUCUUUAAUUUAGGACUUGAGUUCGAGUGAGUGCGUUGCCUCUCCCUGUGUGUUUCACCAGCUUGCACAAAGAGUGAUUUCCUAAAAGAGCAGCACGUUUGAGCUUUGUGUCUUUUUAAAGACAGCCACUCAUUCGUGUCACGGUCGGGGUCGUCUUUUUAAAGAUG